AGCUGAUAAAGAGAACUCAAAGUCAUGCAUUGGUUAGUUGUACUGAAUUAUUUGUGCUACUGACUGAAAGUGUUUACCACAAGAAUCAUGGCUAAUUUUAGAUUUAGAGGUCUCAUUGCACCCAUUUUAAAUGCAUUCAAAGAUGAUUUAUCAAUAAACCUCAGUGUUAUACAAGAUUACGCAAAAUUCCUCGCUGAUUCCAAAAUAAUGGGAGUUUUAGUUAACGGCACAAGUGGUGAAGGUAUGUCAAUGACUGUAACAGAAAGAAAAAAAGUAACUGAAGAAUGGGUAAAAGCAGUGAAAAAAACUGAUCAACAUUUAAUGGUACAAAUUGGAGGGGCGCCUCUCCCUGAUGUUUUGGAACUUGCAAAGCAUGCUGAUUCAGUUGGUGCGCACUCUCUUCUCUGUUUACCUGAUCUCUAUUACAAGCCUGCAACUUCUGCAGAUCUUACUAGAUACUUGAAAACUGUUAGUGCAGCUGCUCCAAAUAUACCUCUUUUGUAUUAUCAUAUUCCAAGAUUCACCCACGUUAACAUUCACAUGGGUCAGUUUCUAAACGAUGUCGUUGGAAAAAUACCUACUUUUCAUGGUAUAAAGUUUACUUCAAAUGCUUUAGAUGAGGGUAUUGCGGCAGUUAAAGCCAAUGGAGGAAAGUAUGCCGUCUUUUUAGGAGCACCGCAACUUAAGGCAGGUGCUUACACACUCGGAUUUGACUCAGCCAUUGCAACACCAUUGAACAUGUUUCCGCAACUAGGAGUAACAAUCCUAGAAUCUGUUAAACAAUCAAAACUUGACAAAGCUAAGCAAACUCAAGAUGCCUUAACACAACUUUGUUCGAUUCUUACCAAAUACGCCAAAUAUGGUUCAUGGGUGCCUACAAUGAAAGUUGCUAUGGAAUUGUACACUCCAAUUAAAGUUGGUAAAGCGAGAGCGCCAUUAGUCAACAUUACACCUGAUGAGAUUAAGCAAAUGAAAGAAGAAAUUGAUACUCUUAAUUAUUUCUAGAACCACGUUUAUUAAAAAAACAAAUUUAAUAAAAUAAAACAUUAAUAAAAUA